AUGGCAACUGCAUUGUGGGAGGCUGGAGAAGACAUCUUCCGCCACUUUUUCUUUAAUGGUGUUAACGCUAGAAAGUUUUGGAGGCACCACAGCAAUCAUUGCGAGUGGUUCAAACAACAUGUGGACUACACAUGUGAAAAGAAGUCGCACAUGAUUCCGCUGUCACUUUAUGGGGACGAAGUCCAGACGUACAAAAACACUGAGUGUGGCGUUGUGGAUAUUCUGGGAUUCACGUCAGAUUUUGCAGCCGGACAUGGCCCAAUGUCCCGCUAUCUGCCAAUUGUUGCCAUUAGUGAGCACCUGGUCUGUGAGUUCACGUGGAAUGACAUCUGGCAGGUGCUUGUGCCCCGCUUGCAAAAAAUGGUGACGGACAGAUCGUGGCCCUGGAGUGUGUGUGGCUACAAAUUCAUGAUCUCCAGUGUUCAGGGGGACAUGAAGUUUUUGAAUGACAAGUUCUCUGUUCACAAUUUCCGGCGAAACCAAUUCUGCUCGUGGUGCAUGUGCUGCAAAUCCCACAACAACCUCAGCAUGACAUUAGGCGACUUUGGGGAGCAUUCUGCCCACAGAGCUACUGUGAUGACACAUGAGCAGUUCAUGCAAUCAGGUGCGGAGGGGAGUAGACACAUCAUCUUCAACUUGCCGGGACUUUCUGUUCAUCGAUUUCUUCACGAUGUCUGCCAUAGCCAGUUGCUUGGCACGGGCAAAACGUUGAACGGCAGUGGCCUCAUCUACCUGGCAGAAGCUGGCCACUUUGGCCUGUGGUCGCCAGCUGGAAAAUACCACGAGGUUUUGGAGCCGCUUCUGAGAAAGGCUUUUAAAUCCUUUUGUGAUUUCAAGAAAGCCCACAAACUGACAGCAUCGCAACCGCGGUUCACGCCUGCACGGUGUAAUCGCACCCUGCGGGCAAGCUGGGCCUGUUUGAGCAGCAAGGCUAUUGCGUCCAAGGUAAUCACGUUCUGGCUGACUGCCGAGCUGGAUGCUUUUGCCGGAAGAGCAGACGCCAAUGAACUGGACAAACAGGUCGCGUUGUGUUUCUGGACAUAUGCCCAGCUCUUGCAGAUCAUGGACAAGAAUCCUUUGAUACUUGAUGAUGCUGUUGCCGAAGAUUUUUUUCAGACUGGGAUGCACCACCUUUGCUUGUAUGGUGCUUUGAGGCGACGCAGUGCGCAAACGUUUGGCCCUACAGCUUUAUUGAGGCACAUGUUCCUACUUCUUCCCAAACACCAUCACCUGGAGCACCUACUCUUUGAUGUGCGGGCGACCAAGGUGAAUCCGCGUUUUUUCACGCUUCUGUGUGCUGAGUCGUGGAUAGGAUUGGUGGGCAGGUGUGCCAAGGCCUGUCACAGGGCGUCUCUGUCAGACCGUGUUUUACAGCGGUACCUUGUCAAGCUUGGCUUGCACCUCCAGAAGCUACCACGCCACUAG